UCACUUUGGAUCAGUUUGUUUUUGGAGAAUAACAACGGAGGUCUUAUUUCGACAUAAUUGGCAUUUUCCAUAAACAGCCCUUUCACCAUCCAAAAUCUUCAACUGAUAAUUGCAACGCCAUAUUUUAAUCCGCGAGGAGAAAAUAAUUAUGGAGUAUACAUGGAUUUUGUGCGUAAUACUAGGGUGUAUUUUGGAAACAAAGGCAAACUUUACAGAAGGAACGGCUUGCGCAAGAGUUUGUGUAGAUGGUGAGACCAAAACGUGUUACUACCAGUUCUAUGUGGAACAGUACAGCACUAUGGGAUGGUCGUGCGACCACAACUCAUCGCAGUGCAUUCGAGCCGAUGGCGUAGAAAGAAGCGUUUACACGGUUAAUCGAAUGCUACCCGGUCCAUUGAUUGAAGUAUGCAAAGGAGACACGGUGGUAGUAGACGUCCACAAUGCGAUUGAGGGACAAGAAGUGACAAUACACUGGCACGGAGUUUGGCAAACUGGCACGCAAUUCUCUGACGGCGUUCCAUUCGUUACACAGUGCCCAAUAUUAUCGGGUAACACUUUUAGGUACAAAUGGCGCGCGGACAACCCGGGCACUCACUUUUGGCACUCUCACUCCGGGUUUCAAAAAAUGGAUGGAGUGGCCGGAGGUCUGAUUAUUCGACAGGCUGCGCCCAAUGAUGACCAUAGCGAUUGUUAUAAACACGACUUAAGCGAGCAUGUCAUCAUUUUGAACGACUGGUUCCAUUAUUUAACUGCGGAAACGUUUCCAGGUGCUUUGUGGAGACCUACGUUAAUUGGGCAAGUACCUCAUAGUUUACUGAUAAACGGAAAGGGACAAGCCAAACAUCCAGACACGGGAGUUAUGACUGAAACACCGCUGGAACAGUUUCACGUGGUUCCGGGUGAAACUUAUAGGUUUAGAUUAAUAAACGCCUUGGCAUCGUUUUGCCCUGUUACUUUAACGAUCGAUCGGCAUAAACUUACUGUGAUUUCAAGUGACGGUGAGCCGUUCGACUCAGUUGUUGUUGACGGUAUUCAAUCUUGGGCGGCGGAGCGAUUCGACUUCAUAUUUACCGCCAAUCAGCCCCAGGCGAGCUACUGGCUGCGAAUCAAGACCUCAGAUGGUUGCCUGUCGGAUAACGUCCAGCAAUUAGCUCUGGUACAUUAUUCUGAACCUUCACUUCCAAAGGAGCCUCGCCCCUCCCCUGACUCGCCAUUCCCCGAUGAGCUCAUAGUUUUAAAUCAAUACACCAGCAACUGCUCAGGCGAUAAUAACAACAGCAUAUGCUUCACCCAUUUAAAAGCUAAAAGAAAAGCGGACAGCAGUGUUUUAAAACCAAACGCGGACGUGAAACUCUUUCUACCGUUAGGUACAUACGAGGUGUCCGGAGAAGAACUUUUCGAGUCCAACAGCUACAACGGGUUUUUAGUUUUUAGUGACAAACUGCUGACACAGAAAGUAGACACCAUUAAUUACAUGCCACCGCCAUCGCCACUAUUAUCGCAGUACCGCGACGUGAACGCAUCGCACUUUUGUAACCGAGAUAAUAAACCAGACCACUGUGAAGAUUAUCUUUGUAGUUGCACGCAUAAAAUCGAUCUUCCAUUAAACCAGGUGAUCGAGUUGAUUAUCAUUGAUGAAUCUACAUCUCCAAAACACACGCACAACAUCCACUUGCACGGCUAUGCAUUUAACGUGAUAGGAAUUGGUAUCUUGCCCAACGGAAACGCAUCCAGUAUUGAAAAAGCCCAAGAGCUUGACAAGAAAGGACUGCUUCAAAGACAAUUCGAUCGACCCGUCUUUAAAGACACGUUAACCAUACCAAUCGGAGGAUACAUCGUAAUAAGGUUCAAGUCUAACAAUCCAGGCUACUGGUUUUUCCACUGUCAUUUCGCCCAUCACAUUACAACGGGCAUGAAUUUGAUUUUCAAAGUUGGAACCUGCAAGGACAUGCCGCCGGUUCCGCAUAACUUUCCAAAGUGUGGAAACUAUUUGCCGUCCUUUUGAAGUUUGAUGAACCCGGAACCGAUCGAUCCCAUGAAAGGAAAAGCAAGAGCGAUGAUUGUGUACUGUUGUAUGUACUUUUAAAAAAAAUGGUAAUAAAUAACCUGAAAAC